AUACAUACAUCUGUCUGUCAGGCCAGCUCAAGUGCACCCGAAAGCAGAAGUGUAUACCAUUAAAUCUUCGCUGCAACGGCCAGGACGACUGCGGGGAUGGCGAGGACGAGACAGACUGCCCUGAGAGCACAUGUUCUCCAGACCAGUUCCAGUGCAAGGCCACCAUGCAUUGCAUCUCAAAGCUCUGGGUGUGUGACGAAGACCCAGACUGUGCGGACGGCUCUGAUGAGGCCAAUUGUGAUGAAAAGACCUGUGGACCUCAUGAAUUUCGCUGUGAGAAUAACAACUGCAUCCCGGACCACUGGAGAUGUGACAGCCAGAAUGACUGCGGAGACAACUCCGAUGAGGAGCAUUGCAAGCCGGUGACCUGUAAUCAUAAGGAUUUUGCCUGCGCCAGUGGGGACUGUAUCUCAGCACGCUUCCGUUGCGAUGGUGACUAUGACUGCGCUGAUAAUUCAGAUGAGAAGGAUUGCGAGACACACUGUGAAGAGGAUCAGUUUCAAUGCCACAACAAUCUCUGCAUCUCACGUAAAUGGUUGUGCGAUGGCCAGGAAGACUGUAAGACAGGGGAAGAUGAGAGAAAUUGCCUCGGAACAGUGCUUCCCUCCUGUUCUCUAAGUGAGUAUGUGUGUGCCAGUGGAGGAUGUGUGUCUGCCAGCCUGAGGUGUGAUGGACAUGACAACUGUCUGGACAGUUCUGAUGAGAUGGACUGUGUCAAGGAGUGCAGAGAAGAUGAGUUUCUGUGCAAAAACCAUGCUCACUGCAUCCCUAAACGAUGGCGCUGCGAUGAUGUGUUCGAUUGCGUGGAUCACAGCGAUGAGGAGAACUGUAGUCAUGAUGCUUUCUUCUGUCGCCCCGAUGAGUUCAUCUGCAACAACACCCUGUGUAAGCUGCAUGUGUGGGUGUGCGAUGGUGAGGACGACUGCGGAGACAACUCUGAUGAAGACCCCGAGAUGUGCGCCAAACUACCUUGUUCUCCAGCAAGGCUGUAUCGCUGCAGAAAUGACAGAGUGUGUCUACGACUUGAUCAAAUCUGUAACAAUGUGGAUAACUGUGGGGACAACUCAGAUGAAGAUGAAUGCGAGGCUGUGUCAACUAUGCCCAAGCCAUGUGGGAAGGCAGAGUUUACCUGUAGUAAUCGUAAAUGUAUACCUACACAACUGCAGUGCGACCUGUUUGAUGACUGUGGAGAUGGAGGAUCAGAUGAACAGGACUGCAAGGCUUCUUCAAAUGGAGACAUAUGUGGAAAGAGGAUGAAUCCAUGUGGGGAGGAUGCAGUGUGCAAUCAUACAAACACAAAUGCAAUUUGCCACUGCAAACCUGGCUUUCAGAGAAAUCUCAGAAGCAGAAAGUGUGAAGAAAUCAAUGAGUGUCUUAAUUUUGGCACUUGCUCUCACUAUUGCACAAACACAAAAGGAUCGUACAAAUGUACAUGUGACAAAAAUUAUAAGGAUAUGAAUGGAAGCUGCAUAGCAAAAGGACCAGAAGAUCGAGUGCUCUACAUAGCUAAUGACACUGAAAUCCGAAGUUUUGUGUAUCCAUUUAACCAGAGCCAUGGACACAAAGUACAUGCUCGCAUCGAGGAAAAUGCCCGCAUCAUUGGGAUGGAUGCUCUGUAUCACCAACAAAAGUUUAUCUGGGCUACUCAGUUUAAUCCUGGUGGACUUUUUUACAAAGAUAUCCUAAACAGGAGUCAGACUAAAACAAAUGUUGGCAUCAUAUGCCCAGACUUUCGCAGACCCAGAGAUGUAUCAGCUGAUUGGGUGACUGGAAAUAUCUAUUGGACAGACCACUCUAGGAUGCACUGGUUCAGUUAUUACACAGCUCACUGGACCAAGCUUAGAUACUCUAUUAAUGUGGGACAACUCAAGGGACCCAACUGCACCCGUCUGAUAACUGACAUUGCAGGAGAGCCUUACGCCAUUACUGUCAAUCCAGUCAAAGGGAUGAUGUAUUGGUCAGUAAUAGGCGACCACUCACACAUAGAGGAGAGUGCGAUGGAUGGCUCCAUGCGUAGAGUGCUACUGGAUAAGAACCUUAGGAGACCCACAGGGUUGGCGAUUGAUUAUUUCAGCCAGCGUGUGUAUUGGGCCGAUGCCGAGCUCUCUGUCAUUGGCAGUGUCCGUUUCGAUGGCUCAGACCCAUUGUUGGUAAUCGAUGGCAAACAAGGAAUAUCACAGCCGUACAGAAUAGAUAUUUUUGAGGAUUACAUUUAUGGAACAGGACUGAAAAAUGAAGUUUUCAAAAUUCAGAAAUAUGGCAAAAAACCUAUUGAACCUCUUGACUUGGGUAUUGAAAAAACAACAAAUGUCCUGAUAUCUCAUCGUUUCAAGCAGCAGGAUGUGGCCAAUCCCUGUCUACGGAUGACCUGUGAUUUUAUGUGCUUGCUCAAUCCUACCGGAGCCAGCUGCACCUGUCCAGAGGGGAAGACCUUGGUCAAUGGCUCUUGUAUUGACCCCAUUGUCUCAGGUGAAUUGUGCCGACCUGCCUGUGAGAAUGGAGGACGUUGCAUGGCCAAUGAAAAAGGAGACUGGCGCUGUUACUGCUGGCCUAAUUUCUCUGGGGAACGUUGUGAAGUCAACCACUGUACAGAUUACUGCUUAAACGGAGGCACAUGCACUGGCUCACCUCUUGGUAAGAAACUCUCAAACAGCUUUAUAUGCUCAGCUAAUUGGUCAGGGACGCAGUGCGAGAGGCCGGCCCCCAAGAGCAGCCGCUCCGAUAACACAGCUGGAGGAAGUAUAGCUAUCAUUGUGCCGUUGGUCCUGCUGGUCAUUCUGAUUACUACAGUGGUUGCAGGUGUCUUUAUCUGCAGAAGACGACAAAGGGGGAAACGUGUACAACGGCAGCCCAUAACUAAUGGAGGCAUUAAUGUGGAGAUAGGCAAUCCAUCCUACAACAUGUAUGAGGUGGACCAUGACAACCACGCAGAUGCCGGAAGCCUUCUCAAACCAAAUUUCACACUUGAUCCCCACAAGGGCUGGUGUGUAAAAUCCAGUGACCCUUGCACGCUGAAUAUUCACUCUGUCCCUAAGGAAGUAAUACCUGGACAGCCAAUGAACUACUCCAAUCCGAUGUACGCGAAGAUGUACCUCGAUGGUCAGAACUGUCGCAAACCAGUCAUCAACAUUGACGAAAGGAGAGAGCUACUCCCAAAGAACUUGAAACUUGAGGGGACGAUUCGAGAAACCGCCGCAUAGCCUGACUACACUUUGUACUCUUUUUUUACUUAAAUGUACAAAAUGUAUAAAACACAAGCAAAACAAAAAAAUUUCUAUUUCCUAUCAGGUUCCAGAUAUCUUGUUUAUAUUUGGUUUCUUGGCACCAUCAGCAUUGCGCCUUCAUGUCUGUUGCAAUAUUUGGAGUCAUACUUGUCCGUUUAAUUUUUUAGCAUUUUUGUUGAACUGCAUUUGUGAUAUACAACUGCUCAUUUGCACAUU